CACCAAUAGAGCGCGUGCUCAAACUAAAUACCGACGUGUUCAAUUGGACACAGUGAUAGUGGAGGGCUCCUAUAAAUGCCACGCUGAGUGGGAGAGACUUAGACUGCAACUGAACUCAGAAGCACUACGACGAUCAAUAUCCUACCUGGGAAACGGUUGCAGUUCUGAAAUAAUAUAGGCUACAUCUGUUUGCUUUACGACUGUACUUUUAAAUAAACAAUAAUAGCCUAUUACAAAUUUAUUCUCUUUUAAUUAGUCAUUUAAAGUACAUUCAAUGGAAUACCAAAAGGCGGCAGAAUUGAAAGGUUUGUGCAAUGGCAAAAUUGUCACAGAGUAUCUCUGCCGCAACGGCUUUAGCGAGCUGACAGUCGAUUCGAAAAAAGUCGCUGUCCAGCACAAAAACGAGACAUCCCGGAAAGAGGCAGAGGAUGAGUCGCGGUUACCUGCUCUGGAGGCGGCGUACACAACCAUCCUGCGAGGUCUGGGAGAAAACACCGACCGGCAGGGGCUCCUCAAAACCCCGCUCCGUGCUGCGAAGGCAAUGCAGUUCCUGACCAAAGGCUACCACGAGACCAUCUUCGAUGUCCUUAAUGAUGCCAUCUUUGAUGAAGACCAUGAGGAGCUAGUUAUUGUGAAAGAUAUUGACAUGUUUUCACUUUGUGAACAUCAUCUAGUACCAUUUUUUGGCAAGGUUCACAUAGGAUAUCUGCCAAGUAAAAAGGUUGUUGGCCUCAGUAAACUUGCGAGGAUUGUUGAAAUCUACAGUCGCAGACUGCAAGUCCAAGAGCGCCUAACAAAGCAAAUAGCAAUGGCAAUCUCUGAGGCCUUGCAGCCCGUCGGUGUGGCAGUUGUCAUUGAGGCAGCUCACAUGUGUAUGGUCAUGCGUGGAGUGCAGAAGAUGAACAGUCGUACUGUGACCAGCGCCAUGCUGGGUGUGUUCAGAGAGGAUCCAAAAGCUCGAGAAGAGUUCCUGGCCCUGACCAAAGGUGGACAGUGAUCACACUUCCAUCCCUGCUCCAACUCCAUCAGUGUGUUUACAGCCAAACAGGUCAAUGAAUAUUCUCUACAUUUGAAAACCAUGGUGCUAAGAGAAUCUCACUGAGCCAGAGUUGUAGAUUUUUCCACCAGCUACUGAGACUCAGCCUACCGCUGAAACUCAGGGGUCUUCACUGUUUGCAUAUAUUGCAUAUAGAAAAUGUGAAUAUCAAAGGAUCAGUGUUUCAUGAACUACUUGUUUUGAGAAAAAGCCUUUGAGAAACUAACACUGAAUGGCCAAACAUUCACACAGCUGCCUUAAAACUGAUAUUUCUAUUAUCUUACUUAUAAACAAUUACUAAAUUAACAUAUUGCCUCAGACACUUGUCUAACCUUAUGACGUUUUACAAAAUGAAGAUACUAGAACUAAUUUGUAUAUAACUUUAAAAGAAAUACAUUUUUGUCAUAUAUUCUGAUUAGAUAUCAUAUUUAAGAGGUCAUAAGCAAACAUGAUGAAUAAUUUUAGUUAUAUAAGUCAAUGAAAGGUUUCUUGUGACAUUACUGUGUGGCAUAAUGGUAAUUAUAUAUGGUUAGAAAUAAACAACAUUGCCAUUAGGAUAUUGUCACUUUAUUACAUAAUAUAUAGAACUGAAUUGUGUAAGAAAUCAAAACAAAUGUCAACUAUGCCAACUGCAACAAUAAAGCACCAUUAUGAGA